AUGGAUACAGAACGUGUGGACUAUAUCCUCCUGGAGCACUACACAGCUGCGAAGAAAGAUGGGGCUAUUGAGGCCCACAGCGUCAAGGCCUAUGUCCACACUCAGCCCCCUCCCCGGCACCGGUGGAGCUCAGCAGGCGUGAAACCAGACCGUAGGUGGGGCGCCCAGACCCCCCUCUGCGCGGUCGCACCCUUGGCGGCAGGCUUUGGGGGAAAUGCUGAGGCCGCCGAACCUGAAAGGCGCGCAGCCCCCGCCGCCGCCGCCGCCGCUGCAGCCAAGGGGGCCCUGGAGGGCGCCGCGGGCUUCGCGCUCUCGCAGGUGGGCGACCUGGCUUUCCCCCGCUUUGAGAUCCCGGCGCAGAGGUUUGCCCUGCCCGCACACUACCUGGAACGCUCCCCGGCCUGGUGGUACCCCUACACCCUGACCCCCGCCGGCGGCCACCUCCCGCGACCUGAAGCCUCGGAGAAGGCCCUCCUUCGAGACUCCUCCCCGGCCUCUGGCACCGAUCGCGACUCCCCGGAGCCGCUGCUCAAGGCCGAGCCCGACCACAAGGAGCUGGACUCCAAGAGCCCGGACGAGAUCAUUCUGGAAGAGAGCGACUCGGAGGAAGGCAAGAAGGAAGGCGACGCGGCGCCCGGCGCGGCCGGGGCGAGUGUGGGGGCCGUGGCGGUGGCGCCGGGCGCCGAGGACUGGAAGAAGGGCGCCGACAGCCCCGAGAAGAAGCCCGCGUGCCGCAAGAAGAAGACGCGCACGGUCUUCUCGCGCAGCCAGGUCUUCCAGCUCGAGUCCACCUUCGACAUGAAGCGCUACCUGAGCAGCUCGGAGCGCGCCGGCCUGGCCGCGUCGCUGCACCUCACCGAGACGCAGGUCAAGAUCUGGUUCCAGAACCGCCGCAACAAGUGGAAGCGGCAGCUGGCGGCCGAGCUGGAGGCGGCCAACCUGAGCCACGCCGCCGCGCAGCGCAUCGUGCGGGUGCCCAUCCUCUACCACGAGAACUCGGCGGCCGAGGGCGCGGCGGCCGCGGCCGCGGGGGCUCCGGUGCCCGUCAGCCAGCCGCUGCUCACCUUCCCGCACCCGGUCUACUACUCGCACCCGGUGGUGUCGUCCGUGCCGCUGCUCAGGCCCGUCUGA